AUGCUGCCCGGGCGCCUCCGCCUCGGGCGUCUCCUGGCCGCCGCGGGGAGCCGGCUGCAGCCGCCGCCGCGGGGAGCCGCCGCUGCCGCCGGCCGGGACCGCGGCGCCAGCCGCGCUGAGCAGGCUCACAAGGUGGCUGCAAGUUACAAGCCUUCGAAGUUUGACAAAAAGAUCCUCCUCUGGACCGGCCGUUUCAAGACAGAAGAGGAGAUUCCUCCGAGGAUCCCCUAAGUGCCAGAGACGCUAGACAGGGCAAGAAACAAAGCUCGAGUUAAAGCUUGUUACGUAAUUGGCCUUUCAAUUGUUGCCUGUUUUGCUGUGAUUGCUUUGGCUAAAAAGGCUGCUGCACGUCAUGAGUCCUUAACAAGCUGGAACUUGGCAAAGAAGGCCAAGUGGCGGAAAGAGGCUGCACUAGCAGUGGAGUCAAAGACAAAGUAA